AAAAAAAGACAGGAGACCGGUUGGUACGAAACAAAGCAGCUUCGCUGUUGUGUUGUGUUGUUCACGUUCUCUUUCUCCCCGCCUUCCACGUCAGGUACGAUACCAUCUCCUUCCGUCAAUUUUGCUUCCUAAAUCCCUCUGUUUCCUAAUCCGUCACAAAUUCCGUCUCCUCCUUCCCUUCUGUUAUCCGUUUAUUGCAAGUAAUCCUUGCUUGCUCCAUCACUCUUUGCUUAGGGCUUAAAAAAGAAAACCUAAAUUAUAUAUAAUUAUUAAAAAUAGUAGGGUUUGGGAAUUCUGAUUUGAAUUAUUCUGAAAUGGCGAACACCGUUGACGAUGACGCCGAUGCGGUGUUGAGCGAUGUGGAAGGGCAUGAACCGGUGCCGAUCGUAAUGAAAAGUCCGAGUCAAGAAGAUAUUUCCGUCGAGAAAUUCCGCGAGCUCCUCGAUCGAGAGCGAGCGGCACGGGAGGCAGCCGAGACUUCGAAAUCCGAAAUUCAAGUGUCAUUCAAUCGAUUAAAAGCUCUUGCGCACGAAGCAAUCAAAAAGCGAGACGAGUGCUCGAGGCAGAGAGACGAAGCGAUGAGAGAGAAAGAAGAGGCGUUGAAAGCUAACGAGAAAUUAUCGAAUGAAUUGAUUCAAGUGAACAGGUCGAAAGAGGAGACUCAGAAAAAAUUCGAUGAUUUGCAAUCGGAGACUGAGAAAUCGAGGCAUAUGUUAGUGAGUGGAAUUGAGAAGAUAUCGGGGAAGCUUAGUAAUUUCAAGAAUUUCGCGGCGGAAGGAUUGCCUAGGUCGCAGAAAUACAGUGGAUUACCGGCGGUUGCCUAUGGAGUUAUUAAGAGGACAAAUGAGAUUGUUGAGGAGCUUGUUAGGCAGAUUGAUGUCACUGCAAAAUCUAGAAAUGAUGCGAGAGAGCAGAUAGAGCAGAGGAAUUACGAGAUUGCCAUUGAGGUUUCUCAGCUUGAAGCUGCAAUCAGUGGAUUGAGAGAUGAAGUCGCCAAGAAAACGACUCUGAUUGAGGGUUUAGAGAAGAGUGUGGUGGAGAAAGAGGGGAAAGUGUCGGAGAUUGAGAGAGAGAUGUUGGAGAAGAUGCAUUUGGUAGAGAAGGAGGCUUCGGAGAUGAGGGACUUAGUUGGUGAGUAUGAUGACAAGUUGAGGAAUUUGGAGUCGAAGAUGGAAUCGCAUAGACCUUUGUUGUUUGAUCAGUUAAAUUUGGUGGCGAAAAUCCAUGACCAGCUUUAUGAUGCUAUUGAGAUAGUUAACACUAGUCAUUUGAAUUCCGAGGUGUCAGAGUCGCUGUUUCUUCCCCAACAAACGGAUGUGGAGGAGAAUAUCCGUGCUUCUUUAGCGGGGAUGGAAUCAAUUUAUGAUUUGAGUAGAAUUGUUGCUGAAAAAACAAGGGAUUUAGUAGAGGAGAAGAAUCAUGAAGUGAAGAAUUUGAAUGAAACAGUGGGUCGAUUAAUGAAGGAGAAAGAACACAUUGGUACUUUACUUAGGAGUGCCUUGUCGAAGAGGAUGAAAUUAGAUCCAUCCUCCAAAACAAAUGAGUUGUUUCAAGUUGCUGAAAAUGGUUUAAGAGAGGCUGGGAUUGAUUUCAAAUUCAGUAAAGUCCUUGGUGAUGGUGAGGUAUCUGGUGAUAAAGGCGGUUCACUGGAAACAGAGAGUGAUGAAAUAUACACUCUAGCCGGUGCUUUGGAGAACAUCGUUAAGGCAUCUCAGCUUGAGAUCAUUGAGCUGCAGCAUUCUGUGGAGGAACUAAGGGCAGAGUCAAGUUUACUUAAAGAGCAUAUAGAGAUUCAAGCCAAGGAACUAAGUCAUAGACUGCGCAGGAUAGAGGAGCUUGAAGAGAAGGAGAGAGUGGCAAAUGAAAGCGUUGAAGGACUCAUGACGGACAUUGCUGCUGCAGAAGAAGAAAUUACAAGGUGGAAAGUAGCAGCUGAGCAAGAGGCUGCUGCGGGUAGAGCAGUUGAACAGGAGUUUGUGGCUCAGCUGUCGGCAGUUAAACAAGAACUUGAAGAGGCAAGGCAAGCCAUAUUAGAAUCAGAGAAGAAGUUAAAAUUCAAAGAAGAAACAGCAGCUGCUGCCAUGGCAGCAAGAGAGGCUGCUGAGAAGUCAUUGAGUUUGGCUGACAUGAGGGCGUCUAGGCUGAGGGAUAGGAUAGAGGAGCUCAGCCAUCAGCUGGAAGAGCUUGAAACUCGAGAAGAUUUGAGGGGUCGAAAUGGGCCUAGAUAUGUAUGUUGGCCUUGGCAGUGGCUUGGGCUGGACUUUGUAGGCUACCGCAAUACCGAGACACAACAACAGAGUUCAAAUGAAAUGGAGCUUUCCGAACCCCUCCUAUGAUCGUCUCGUUUCAUUUUUCCUUUUUUGUGUUUUGAUGGGCAUCGAUCUCAUUGGACACGGAGGAUACAUCAAUCUUCAGGAUCGCAGAGUGAAAUCGAAUUUACAUCUGACCAUGAUUUGUUGGUAGCUCUCAAGAUCCGUUCUCAACACUGGUGGCAGAGUUUAGAAGAAGGCAGCUGGACAAAGCAAGGAAUGUUCAACUCCUGUUGACAAAAGUGCAAGACAAUAUGUUCCACUCACGCACGCACUUGAAGCUUUUGGAGACUGAAUUUUUUUUUUUAAUUAUUUUCUUGGGCUGAAGAAGAUAGGUUCUAUAAUUCAUUUGGUAAGUAAGUGUACAUCCAACAGCACAUCCUCCACCGCAUGUAAAUCACACAUCUCAUUUUAUC